GUGGGCUUGUUCAGUUCCUACACCCUCGGUGGACACGUCUAGGGCAGGUUUUCUUCGGCCCCCACGCACAGCCUAUUCAUCAUGGCGAUCCUCGAAGCCACGGAGCCCAAGUCCAUCUUCACGCUCACCUCCCUGUUCUCGCUGCUCGGAGUACUGACCCUCGGGACCGUCGCAUAUGGCUCCUCUCGCAAGUUUCUGCCCAAGAAUGCGGGCUCAACGGAGCGCUUCACGUUCAUCUGGUUGGCGUUCGAUGCCCUCAUUCACUUCUUCUACGAGGGUUCAUUCCUUUGGCUUUCCAUGUUUGGCCGUCAGGUGAACACGAGUACUGGUCCGCUCGCAGAGAUGUGGAAAGAAUACGCCUUCGCCGACGCCCGCUGGGGCACCGCCGACCCCACCGUCGUCUCCCUCGAGCUCCUCACCGUCCUGGGCGCCGGCCCCCUCGCCUGCUACAUCCUCACCCAGCUCGCGCGCAAUGACCCUGCGCGCCACUACUGGAUCGUCGUCCUCUCCACCGCCGAGCUCUACGGCGGCUGGAUGACCUUCUGCCCCGAGUGGCUCACGGGCAGCCCGAGUCUGGAUACGUCGAACCCGCUGUAUUUAUGGGUGUAUCUGUUUUUCAUGAACACGAUAUGGGUUGUCAUCCCCGUCUGGCUCAUGUACGACUCGUACAACCAGAUCGCGAGGUCCUUGCGCGCCCAGCAGGCUUUGGCCGCCCUCAAAAAGCAAUGAUGUGCACCUGCCCAUCAAGUUGCUCGUUACGAAGACUCAUAUACGCGCUUAUGCGCGCCUGCGGCGCGUCGCUACCUGCUUGAUUUACCUCCAGCUUGCGUCCGUAUAUCUGAGAUCUGUAUAUGUCGCAAAAAUAAAUUCUGGUUUCUGCGUACCUCUCU